ACCUCCCUGCAAGGUCUCUGUUUGAGAACAGGAGAGGGAGACGGUUCUCUCCUGCAAAGAAUGAAGCUGAUGACGUAGUAUCCGAUGAUACUAGCCCAGACUCUUCCCCAGAACCUAUGAAGGGUGAUAUGAGUCCUUGUCUGAUCACUCAAGAAGAGAGGGUAGGAGCAGAGGGUGAUUCUGAUCCUGAAGAAGAGAAUGCAAAGAGUAGGAAAGUUUCAGAUGAAUUUGACAUCAAGGCUGAUCUUAUGAAAGCUAUAGGACCUAUAAAAACAGAUUCUACUCCUAAAUCAGCUUUGUCAAGCUCAAAAAUUAGACAGGAAAAGAAAGCCAAGCGACCCGUGUUCAAACUACACUCCCCUAUGCCCGAACUCUCAGAGGAAACCUGUGAAGACUCCUGCAGUCUACCCAACGGCACCCUCGAGACCCUGGAGACCGUCCUGGAGUCAAACACAGAUACGUGCAAAGCGGAGGUACCGACGCAGUGCUCGGUCAAACAGGAAGGGGAGGUCAAGUGGGACGCAGGAGAGGGUGAGACCAAGCAGAGGAAGAGCUCUAUUCUGCCAGAGACGUUACUCAAAGCGCUCGGUCUGAAGAAGGGAGAAGGAGAUAAAACGGCAGUGUUAACCGAUCAAGAGGUAGAAGAGAAGUACAGCGCUUUAACGUUUGCUUUCAAGACUGAUCGUCUCACUCUAGAGCAGAGAUACAAGAUACAGCAACAUCAGAGGAAUCUUAUAGAGAACAAUCUCAAAGAAGAGAUAAGGGAUCACGCUGCGGUUGUUCGGUCUCUGGAACAAAGAUGUGCAGAGGAUGAGAUCGCCAGAACAGACAUUAACAAACUAAAGCAACAUAUCGACGUGAUUCAGUAUCUCUUGGUCAAACUUGCCAGCAAGGCGGAGGGAUUCGGUGCAGUACAACAGGAGGAUAGAUUGAGCAGAGCUUCUGACGUCAUGGUGACCCAUGUCGAGAAUAUCAAGAGAAGUCUGGAGAACGAAAAAAAAGAGCUCUCAGAAGCAAAGAGAGUUUUACAUGAAAACAAGAUCUUACUAAGAGGCAAUACUAUGACUGGUGAUGACUCUGAUUCUGGAGGGAGAUUACGACGAGCAUCAACUCUAACCAAUCCGGCUAUGAAGAGACCCUCGGGAGACCAACAUUCCUUGCAUGGCAUCGUGCGUCAAAAGCUCAUGCGAAAGAAUUCUUCAGACCUCAACGACCCUGACGAGUCUAAGCGCAGGGCAAGUGUAGCGGCUGUGCUAGGCUUCGGAAACUCUCCCCUCGGUGCCUCUUCCCUGGCAAAGAACCACAAUCGUGCACAAAGUGUGCCAGUGGCUAUCACUCGUAAGACCAUUCAAUUUUUUCAGGGGGAUGGGCGGAACCGGUUUGCCUCAUUGGCCAAUGCUGCUCUGAUUGACAGAUCUUUGACUAGCCCAGUAGGUGGAAGGGGUGCUUUAGAGACCUGCAAGGAGGGUGAGAGUGAGAAGAGAGACAUUCCUAGGUUCUCAGAUAUCAACAAAAAGAAACUCAGUAUAUCCCUCUCUGGUGGGAAUCACAGUCCAGAGCUUGCCCAGCUCUCUCCCAUCAAGCCUCUGACUCCACCAGCCUCAUCACCGACUGAUAAAUCACCUCGACUAGUCUCCUCAACUCCGGUGGUUAUCAGUGGGGACGGAGAGGGCAAGAAUAACAGUCAGAGGUCCAAAACAGAAGAGGAAAUCUUCCAGCAAGGAUUUGAACAAGGUGUGCGGUCUCAGAUCUCCCAGGAGUUGGAUGACCUUCGUGAUCAACAGAGGGCGCUGUGCGAGAAUCUUGAAGAGAUCAUGGAAGCUGCGGAGGACGAAGAUGAAGACGAGCAUGAAAAGAAUGGUGAGACACAGCCUAUAAUGAAAUUGAUGCGGCAAUACUCCAAGACUAUCCCAUGGUCUAGGGCGAGCAGGAUAGGUCGCUUGAUCCUGACUGGAACGCUCUUCAUCCUCGCCAUCAUCAGCAUCAUAGGGACCAUACUACCGCUGGAGAAGUGUAGCGGGGGUGGAUCUCUGCUCUCAGCUCCAUGGGAAGAGGUCGUGAGGGUUUUAGGGCCUUAUACUAAUAUAUACCACCCUAGCCCACCUCCUAUAUGAAUCUGAUACUUUGUACCCCUUAAAGGGGGGUGAGAGGGGUGUAACGCUGCCCUCCGCCCGGUUAAAAGAGGUGGUGAGGAUCUUGCGACCCGUUACUAAUAGAAACCACCCAAGCCCACCUCCUAUAUGAAUUUGAUACUUUGUACCCAUUAAAGGGGGUGAGAGGGGUGUAACAAUGCUCUGUGCCCGGUGGGACGCAAAGUUGCGAGGGUCUUGGUACUAAUAUAAACCAACCUAGACCACCUCCUAUAUGAAUUUGAUGCUUUGUACCCAUUAGAGGGGCUGAGAGGGGUGUAACAAUGCUCUCCGCCCGGUGGGAAGAGGUUGUGAGGGUAUUGGGACCCGCUACUAAUAGAAACCACCCUAGACCACCUCUUGUGUGAAUUUAAUACUUUGUACCCAAAGGCUCGUUCAGAUACAUGUAUGGCGCUGUAAGCCGCAACAAAGGUCUUGUGCGCAUUCACUGAGCUUUUUUUUUUAAGAUAUAAAAAUGUGUAGCGUAUUACACUUUACGUUGUCAUCAUAUCUGAACAAGCCUUGAGGGUUAUCCGAGGUGCAGCACGGAUGUUCUACCCACUUCAUACACCGCCAAUAGAAUAUUGAGACAUUGUUAUCAGUUGAAGGGGCAGAGGAAAGCAGAACGACUCCUUAAGAGGGGUAGCAGGGGUGCAGUUCAUUAUGUCUGCUACCUGAGAAGUUUUUAAAGGUCUUCUAGAAGUCCUCUUGAACUCCUACAAAAUAUGGACCUCCAGUACCCUGAACACAAUCUUGGGAGCUCAGAAAUGAUUAUCCUUCUGGGGCCUGUUUCACAAAGCCUUUUUUUCAAUGACAAAUGACAAAAAUCAGUGACAACUCUGCUGAUAACCAAUCAGAAGCAAGGAUUUCAGUAGCUUAUAACAAAGACUGUCAUUUGUCACUGAUGACAAGUUUUGGGAAACAGGUCCCUGAAUGUCAUUCAGUGUAGGUUUAUUGAGGAAUACAUUGAAGGAAUGAGUAAUGAUUCAUUGCAAUAGAUUUUAUCCAAAGCCUUCCAUACGUGUACAAGAGAUGUCAAAACGAAAUAGAUUCAUAGAACGUGUAUAAAAUUGUCAAUUUGUUAACUGUCAGCCUUCCACGAAUGCUGGUACAGUUUGCCUAAAGUUAUUAAUGUUCCUUAUAUACCUGGGUAGCGUUUCACAAAACCGUCAUAAGUGCAAGUUCACCGACAUCCCAUUGAAAUGCUUGUUAAACUUAAUACACGCAUUUCAAUGGGAUGUCGUUGAACUUGUACUUAUGGCGGUUUCGUGAGACCCUGCCCUUAUGUUUACACUUUGUAUAAAGCUGUACAUAAUUUAUCACCCAUAGCCUUCCUAACUAGAUAUACCUGAAAUUGUAGAUAUGUUUAGAGUUUUGUAUAAACGUGCUCAGAUUUUUCAUCAUUAUGUACUUUUUCAUUUAUGUUCCAUGCAGUGCAUGGCAGGAAAAUGUUUACAGUUCCAGAUCAAUAAAUUUAGUACUACAUGAUCAAGAGUUAUAUUUUACAUAAAAAGUGGUCUUGAUAAUAUUGAUAUAUGUUGUGUAAAUGAAAUGAAUUGAUAUACUGUGACUAAACUCAUUUUCAAAUAGUUAUAUAUAUUAAAGAAUAUAUGCAAUAUCCUUAGACAGUAUAUGAAGAGGGGAUAUUUAGUGAGUAGUUUUACAUGUUUUUGUGCUUUUUUUGUAGUGUCAUUUAUAUAUGGACCCAUGGGUGUAAAGUGCCUACUAAGUGUGACAUUUAAUACUGAGAUUGAAAUCCAAAGCUAACAGUACACAAGCUUUGUUUUAAUUUGAUCUGACUUGACUCUAAAGGCUUGUUCAGCUAUGGUGCAGUAACCGCCACAAAAUGGCCGCCUUAUAUUUUUUUUUUUUUUAUGUGUAAAGGAAUAGGAAUGGGAACUGUGUGAAGCAAAGCAUUUGCACAUAUUCCACUGAGCUAUGUGCCAUAUGAUACAAAAAUGUGAAGUGUAUUAAACUUUAUGAGGCGCAUGUGGAAGUGUGGUGGUCCAGUGGACAAUUCACAGGACAUAGUUCGCAGUUUGAGUUCCGCGGCGGCACCAAUGUCCCUUGGCAAGACAUUAAUCUACAUUUGCCACACUCCAUACAGGUGUGGUAAAUGGGUACCUGGCAGGAUUUAAUUCCUUGAAAUGCUUUUAGUGCCUUAAUGGCAGACAUGCUAAAGCUGGGAUAAUAAUCAGGAGCACCAGGAGUGUCAAGUCUGACAGACAUGAGUGCUUUACAAGAACACACUAUUACUAUUAUGGCAUCAUAACAAAUAUUUUAAAACGCAGGAGCUUUGCUACGUCAUGUAUGAAAGAGCCUUAAGAAGAUAAGUGUAAGAUGGUUUCCAAGUGACCAGGGGACUUGAUUAUUGAGAAAAAGAUGCCUUACCAAAGGGCAAUAGUAGAAUCGGAUAUGAGGCUACUGCUCUAACUCUGCUCUACCACUGAAUAGCUGGUUCAGAUAUGGCACGCUAAACCGCCGUCAGAACAAGAAAGGGCUACCUUUUUUUGUUGAUGUUUCAAAUGAGUUGCAACUGUGCGUAACAGUGGACUUCUGUGUUAUCAGAUUAAAGAAAAUAAUGUGAAUCAUAUCACACUUAAUGUCAUCAGGAACAAAACCUCUGUGGUUUUGCUGCGUUGUAUCUAAACGAGCCCGUACACCGGUACGUUUAGUACCGUAGCACAAACAACUCUUGAGAACAGAACUAUAUUAUGCUUUAGCUAAUGAUUCCCUUGUAUAACCCUCAUCUAUAUAUUGCUUUCCUUCAUUGAUUGGAAUGCAGUUGACAUGUACAUACAUUCUAAGGUGCUAUGUUUUAUAAACAAGAAAGUUAUGUUAACAUGUUGUUCAUUCCACAUAGUUUGUAUUAUUACAAAUUAUUGUAUCGUUACAAUAAUAAUUCCUGUGUAUUGAGCAGAGAUAAUAUGACCUCCUGCACAUAGAAACUGCCUUCUUUAUCCCCUUAAAUACAGAUUUAAAGCCCUCCUGGCUGUAAACAGGCAAUAUUCAAAUUUUACAUGGGGCUCUUCAUUUUGUGACAGUCAUUUGUUGUACAAAAAUGAAGAUUUGCCUGAUUUUGAUUACCGGUAUAACAUUUAAAUGAUUUUGUGCCCAUUUUACACCAUGGUGUGCUUUAAGUCAAGAUGUCCCUAAAUCUUGUCUACCAUUUCAUUUUCAUGUUAUGGUUGGAAGAUUCAUUCUUUCACUUCAUUGUGUAACCAAGGUCUACUGGUUUUUAAAGUGCUAUUUUUUACUUGCUCAGCAGAAGUUGCGAGGCCUUAGACAAAAUUGGAGUAAUGUUAUUGCAUUCGUUCUCUGUGGCUGAAUAUUGACCAAACUAUUCAGAGAGGCUUGCAUUGUUCUGACCUUGAUGUCUUUUUCCCCCAUAACAUCAGUAUUAAUUAAACCAACUUAAGCGUUUUGAUUUAAACAGGCUUUGUAUGAUAGAUGCAUCCAGCCUCAACUCAAGUGCGGAAAGAUCGUAUAAUGAACUUUCGCAUGCAUCAUUAAUUUGUAUAAUGAGCUUUUUUUUAAUUGAUGCUUUUCAUAAAUAGACUUUUAGCUUUUAUUGGCAAAUUUGAAAAUGUGACACCUCUUAUUGGUAAACUUGGUGUGUGACCAACCAACCCCUCUCCCUAUCCAAAAUGGUCUAGUGACACUCCUAACUCUCUCCUUGUAUUAUGUAAUUCGCAUUUAUCCUAGUUGGUCAUCCCAUUUUCUGUAUUUGAUGAUAGAUGCCUCUAAUAUUGUUUUAAGAAUUUAUGUCGCAUAAAACUAUUAAAGUAUCAAAAUUCGGAGUAAAUCUAGAUGGUGUUAACAACAUGUCAUUUGUUCAGAGCCAAAAGGGCAUUAACUCUGUGUUAAAAUAUUUGGGUUAAAGCUCUUCUUGCUCCAGACGAUGUCGGCAGUUUUAGGAUGAAAGCUUUAGGACCAAACCUUUAGGACCAAACCUUUUCACUUGGGAACUGGUAUGACAUAUAUGUACAUUAUGUUUUUCAUUGGUUUUUAAUAAUCAGAUGUACAUGUUCUAAUUGAUCUUUCAUGCUAGUUGAUGCCUUCAUAUUUGACUGCCAGGAGGCAAUAUUUUUUUGUACCGGUACUAGGUUUGUUUGUAAAAUGUUUCAUUCAAACUUUUCUGAGAUGCCUUACAUUAUACAGAAAUGUUACAUGAUUAUUUAUAUCAAUUUGAGAGACUGUUUCAGAAUAAACAAUUAUUGAUGUUUA